ACGAACUGCUGGACAGCUCACCAAGCAGAGCAAACUGAGGAAAAGAAGAAAGUCAUCAUUGACAGCCUCUCAGCUCAGCUCACGACUUAAAGAGCAACUUUCAAACACUGAUUCAUUCCGUUUUUGUGGCACUGACACGUAACUCUGGGACAAUGAAAAUGAAUCUCACUGUACUGACUCUUUGCCUUCUUGGUGCAGUAGCUUUGUGUAGAGCGCAAACAACAACAGUCUCCCCUACUACCACACCUUCACCUACCAUUUCUACAACUGCUAUACCCACCACUGCCAACACCAUUGCCACAACUGGUGCUUCAACCUCCACUGCCACCACUGCCACACCUGGUGCUUCAACCACCACUGCCACACCUGGUGCUUCAACCACCACUGCCACACCUGGUGCUUCAACCUCCACUGCCACACCUGGUGCUUCAACCACCGCUGCCACAACUGGUGCUUCAACCACCGCUGCCACAACUGGUGCUUCAACCUCCACUGCCACAACUGGCCAGCACACCGCAACCCCAACUUCACAAACUGAUACCACUGACAACACGGGAGGAGGUUCACAGGGGCUUUCGUCGGGUGCUAUAGCUGGUAUUACCAUUGGCUCUUUAGCUGGGGUGGCUGCACUUGGUGGUGGUGUCUUUGGUGCACUGAAGUACACUGGGAAGAUCUGAGACCCGUUCUUGCCAAACAAGGAUUUACAUGGUUAAGGAUUGUAAGCUAAACAUUUACCAUCCUAAGAUCUAACAGAUUCACCUCUGACCCUGUUAACUGGACUAUGAAAAGCUCCUAUUGUCUGACAGGCCCAAUAAAGUAAUAUAUAUUCUAGAUGAUGAUGUAAUGGGCCGAGAGGAAGACAUAAAAUGUCAAUUUGACUACUUUGUUCUUUUAAAUUUUUGGUUUUAGGUCAGGACUUAAUCCUUAGUUGAUCAAUGUCAGAUUAAGUAUACAAAGUACUUUUAGUUUUAAAUAGACUGGAAACUAAUUGUCUCAGGAUUUAUAAGCAGUUGCCCAGAGUGUUUGAUUUUAAAAACUAGUUCUCGUAAUGUUUGGUCUUUGGAAUUCUAUUAAGUGAACUUAACAAUAAUGAGCCAGAGUUGUCAUCAGAAAUACAUAAGCUGCACUUUCUUGGCCUUCUUUAAAAGAAAAUUAAGGUAUGACUUUCUGGGCUGAACAAUUUGGUAGCUAUUGAUGAUAUUGUUUUGUUAUUAUUAACUGGGCUUUUGAACCCAAGUUCUAUAUUUCCAUGGAGAAAAGGCUUUCAAAUCACUCUGUACAUUUAAUAAA